AUGAAUAGCUCGUCUGGCAGUGUACUUCAAUUUGAUCCGGCAUCGAAUAAUCUAACGGUUGCAAAUUCACCCCAAGUCACAACGAAUACUACUACGCCUAUAACUGCAAAUUUAACAACAACGAGUCCUGGUAAUGAGAACAGCGGUGAUUCUUCAUGGCAGUUAAUUGUUGGCUGUGUUGUUGGUAUCGGAGGCUUUUUAAUUUUGUUCACAAUCAUUUUGAGCGUUUAUAUUUGUAUCAAAUAUCGUCGUCAACGAUCUGUUCCUUUCAAUAGAGGAACACAAGGAAAACUCAAAUACAACGCUGAUGUCUACAAAUCCCUCGGAGAUCAACAUCCAACUAUCGGCUCUGAAUCUCCUGAUAUUAUAGUGACGACUGCUUUUUAA